AUGGCGACGAGGAAGAUGAAUGUCCUGGUCUAUUCAGGCAAUGGCAGUACAAUUGAAUCAGUGAGGCAUUGCCUCUACACUUUACGGCGUCUCCUUUCACCCAACUACGCUGUCAUUCCCGUGACUGACAACGUGAUUCUCAAAGAGCCAUGGACCUCCUCAUGUGCUCUAUUGGUGUUUCCCGGAGGUGCUGAUAUGGGCUACUGUCGAUCUCUGAAUGGUGAAGGCAAUCGACGUAUUGAACAAUUCGUCCGUCGAGGUGGCUCGUACCUUGGAUUCUGUGCAGGAGGUUACUAUGGAAGCUCAAAAUGCGAGUUCGAAGUAGGAAAUAAAGUCUUGGAAGUCAUCGGCAAUCGAGAACUCGCUUUCUUCCCGGGAAUUUGUCGGGGAUGCGCUUUCAAAGGCUUCGUAUAUCACAGCGAAGCUGGUGCCAAAGCAGUAGAAGUGAAAGUUGACAAGGAAGCUUUCAAGGCUGGUGUGGUUCCUCAAACGUUCCGGUCAUAUUACAAUGGCGGCGGAAUAUUCGUUGAUGCAAAGUCUCUUACGGAGAAAGGUGUUGAGGUUCUUGCCAACUAUUCAGCCGAUGUGGAUGUUGAAGGAGGCCCAGCCGCUGUGGUCUACUGCAAAGUUGGCGAAGGGGGAGCAAUAUUGACCGGACCCCAUCCAGAGUUUGCCGCGGUCAACCUUGAUCCAAAACCAAAUGUCCCAAACUACCCGGCGCUUGUCAAAGACUUAGCGGAGGACGAUGAGUCCCGCGUCAACUUCUUGAAGGCUUGUUUGGCCAAAUUUGGGCUGAUAGUGAGCGAAGAGACAUCCUCGGUACCAUCCCUUUCUCGUCUACAUCUCUCAUCUAUGUAUCACUAUCUGGUCCCAGAGCUACUAGCCUCUUGGGAAGAUAUCAUCACAAGAGAGGAUGAUGAGGAGUACAUCAAAGGAGAGAAUGAUACAUUCCACUUGGAAAAACAAGAGUCUCGCUGGUCUCUAAACCAAAUUGCCAAAGCCCUCCCUUUACCUGGUGUUUUUAAAGGACAAGAGCCUGUGGCUGAUCAAGUCGAUGGUGCAUCUGAUGACAGAAUUGUCGACUAUAACGCCAUCAUGAAGCGUCUUAUACCGCAUGAGACAGAAUGGCCUGGCACAAAAGAGACGCCAUAUUUCAAUCAUCAUGCAUUCUACGCGAACCUGAAAAAGUACCAAGAAGAGAGGGGAGGCGAAGCAGAAGAGUAUGGAAAAUAUCUGAUAUAUGGUGAGGUUGUGACUAGUACAAACACUCUGCUUGAAAAGAAUCCUAAGCUUCUUUCUACCUUACCGCCAGGGUUUACUGUCACAGCCACUACUCAGGUAGCCGGUCGAGGUCGAGGCUCCAACGUCUGGGUUUCGCCAGCAGGCUGUUUGAUCUUCUCAACCACGAUGAAGCAUCCCAUGGAAUUAAGUAACACUGCACCUGUAGUGUUCAUCCAGUAUCUGGCUGCGAUCGCUAUUGCUGAGGGUAUUCAUUCAUAUGACCGAGGUUUCCAAGAUGUGCCAGUCAAGCUCAAGUGGCCCAACGAUAUUUACGCGCAGGACCCUACGAAACCAGGCAAGAAAGAAUACGUCAAAAUUGGUGGCAUCUUAGUCAACUCUUCUUACUCAUCUGGGAGUUAUGAUCUUGUCGUAGGCAUUGGUCUCAAUACCACCAACACGGCACCGACGACAUCCCUCAACGCGUUGCUAGGCCCCGGCUUGACGCCAUUCACACUCGAGAAAUUGCUUGCGAGGAUUCUCACCAAGUUUGAAACCAUUUACAAAGGUUUCUGCCGAACAGGAUUCGACCAGAAAUUGGAAGAGACAUAUUACAAGCACUGGCUACAUACCGAUCAAAUUGUGACUUUGGAGGCAGAAGGUGGGGUCAGGGCCCGAGUGAAGGGUAUCACGAGGGACUGGGGUUUGCUCACAGCGGAAGAAUUGGGCUGGGAAGAUCGACCGACGGGCAAGAUCUGGGAGCUGCAGAGUGACAGCAAUAGCUUUGACUUCUUUAAGGGGCUGCUGAAACGGAAAACCUGA